AUGGAUCAGUACCUGCAGAGCGCAUCUACCUAUCUCCAAGCCUGCAUACUUGAGUCUAGUCGCUUGAAGCCCCUAGCGGCAUUCUCUGUCCCUCAAUCGGCACCGACAGAUCGUGUGGUCUCCGGAUAUAAGAUGCCCGCGAACACCAACUUUGUAGUCAAUGCCUACGCACUGAAUAUGCGAAGUGAUCACUGGGGGCCAGACAACGAUACAUAUCGUCCCGAACGCUUCCUCGCUCGGGACAAAGUUAAGUUAAGAUACCUUUUCUGGAGGUUUGGCUUUGGUCCAAGACUGUGCAUGAGCAAGUAUACCACAGAUAUUAUUAUCCGAGAAACUCUUGUCAACCUCGUCCAGAACUACAACCUGCGAUUGCUGGAUAAGACUACCCGGUUCCGAGACAAGAGUUGCUGGAUCACUCAUCCUGAUUUUGAAAUUUGCUGCGAGAGAAUAGAGCCAGAGACACUAGCGGUAUCCGUGGGCGUUGCAGCUGACGGGGUGACGAGGUGA